AUGAUUUCGAACAUAACUGCGAUCUUCCUUCUAAUCGUCUCUGGAUGUUUUAUCUCGUCGUCUUAUUCGUUAAGCCCACCAAGUAAUUAUACAUGGCCACAAGACAGUAAGAAACUAUGUUUUGCCGCCGAAUUCGAUCUUGUACUCAAUGUUGACUAUUUAAAAUCCAAUGGUGCCAAAGCUUCAGCCAAAAUUCCAUUAAACGGUAGCACAUAUGAAUCUUACCGUGUAUCAUGCUCAACUCCAGCCACUGUUCAUGAAUUAACAGUAUCCAUGUUGAAUGGUUUUACGAACAUUUUACUAAGCUUUUCCGUCGAUGCCAAAAAUAUGACAUCAUUGAAGAAAAUCUACGGUUAUAUUACGUUCAAUGACAAACAAACCUAUUUUCCCGAUUAUGCACCUGCUCUUGAAGAUGUUCAUCUGUUUUCGUCGAAUGUGUCUUUAUUCGAAACUGAUCGCGGUAAUUCCUAUCGAUGUGAUACGAAAACAACUGUUACAGGCUUCAAUACGACUAGCAAUGUCACAGUAACAUCAGUUGAACUUGAGAACUUGCGCGUUCAAGCGUUUGCUGAUGAUACGAAAGAGUUUAGUAAUUAUGGUGUUGAAAAAGUCUGUCCGGCUGAUGCGGAUAAAAACUCGAAUUUAAUCCCAAUUAUUGUUGGUGCUUGUUUGGCAGUAUUAGUUGUGGUUGUCCUUGUUGCCUAUCUCAUUGGUCGUCGACGUAAUCGUAAUGGAUAUCAAAGCGUUUAA